UAGUCCCACGUGAAGAAACAUGGCCGGUACUGCGACGUGUUCUCGCCCUGGCUAUCUCUCUUUUCUCAAACAUCUGAAGGAGUUGGAGUCAGCAGUAACAGAUCCAGGGGGUCUGGCGGUGGAACUGUACAGCAAUGGCCUGAUAGAUAGAGUGACGCGACAGAGAGCGUCCCUCGUUUCCGUGACGCAACUAGAGCGUAGUCGAGAACUGCUACAGAAGUUGGAGGAUAAAAUCGAGUCAGAGGAGUCCGUUUUUGACCUACUUAUAUCUAUACUUGUUAAACAUCCGACAAUGGAGGACAUAUGCACGAAGUUGAAGACUACCAGAGAUGAGCUCAAAGAUGACAUAAUACAGGGCCGAAAUGCACCUGAAGAGCACCAGUCAUCAUGGAUCACCACAAGAAUGAUCUUUAUAAUAUUCACACUGCUUAUCAUCAUACUUGGUGUGCUGUGGCCUAAGCUGGACUGCUACCAGCUGGGACUCUGCCACUCAAAGAGUCUGCCAUCUGUGAGUCAUUUUGUCGGUCGAGAGGAAGACAUUCGCAACAUCACUGGCUACCUUGACUUCUACACCUCAGAUGUUCAGGUAGUUCACAUUGUUGGACCUCCUGGGUUCGGUAAAUCCACUCUGGCCAUGAAAAUUGGGGAAAUAUUCUAAGGAGAUGGGUUAGUGUUCAUUAUGUAGAUGUCGGUCAAAAAAUGGUUAGAGAUAUUGAUACUCUUGCUGAGAAGAUUGUACUCAGUAUGGUUGAGUCCCGUAAGACUAAGGUAACAUUCAGUGAUUUGGAGGAAAAGAUACGAAGCAAUAUUCAAAAACAUUAAUAAUACUAGACAACUGUGAUGAGAUUUUGGAGCAUUCAAAGG